CUCUUAUUAUUAAAGUUCAGUUGUGUACAGUGUGGUCCAGCAGCUGCAGUUGUCUCUCAAGCACUUCAACAGAUGUGAGGAGUAUACUUAAUAUACGCAUCAAAACGAAGGCUAUUGAAAUGGAUAACAUAAAGUUUAUGCUUGGAGUCUUUUUUCUGGUCAAUUGUUGGAAUCAGGGCCUAACACAAAAUGUUAAACUGUGCACUGACUGCCACUCAAAUGCCAUUUGUGAUACUAAAACAAACUACUUCACAUGCAGCUGCAAGACUGGCUUCAUAGGAAAUGGCGUUAACUGCACAGAAAAAGUGUAUUGUAGUAGCCUUUCAUGUUGCCCUUCUGGAUACAGGUGGAACACAGUUUCAACGGGCUGUGAUGACAUUAACGAAUGUCUGGACCCAUUUAAUAUGUGUUAUCCAGCUACCUGUACAAACAAGAUAGGAUGCUAUCUAUGCGGUAGUACUGUUGGGAAGACUUGUGGUGAAAUGUACUGCCCAUAUGACCAGGACUGUCUUAAUAUUAAUGGAAAUCCGACUUGUGUUGAUCCAUGUAAAAACAGCAAGGAGGUGAAUGGAGCAAGCAGGCUAUUUACUAUCAGUUCCACUGGAAAAUUUCCCACUGACCAAUUCAACAUUGGAUGGUUCCGUUUUACACCUGGUUUUAAGAUGAGGGAAGGGUGUGUGGGACCUCUUAAAUGUGGAUCUGCUGAACCCUUCAGUCUAUCCAGCCACCCAAAAAAAGAAGAUGGGGUGAAGCUGGUGCCUCUUACACUUAACACAGUCACAGGGUGCAUAAAUGGAUCAUCUAUACCUGUGAAAGCUUGUGAUGGGUUCUACGUCUACAAGUAUAUUGGGACCACAAGGCCAGAAGUCUAUUGUUCAGACAUAUCUCCAGCAACAACAACUUCAACGACUACGACAACCACAACAACAACGCCAACUACAACCACAACUACUACACCCACAACAUCAACCACUACACCCACAACCACUACAGCAACCACUACAACCACUACAACAACAACUACACCCACAACAACUACACCCACAACAACAACUACACCCACAGCCACUACAACAACAACUACACCCACAACAACUACACCCACAACCGUUACAACAACCACUACACCCACAACAACUACACCCACAACAACUACACCCACAACCACUACAACAACCACUAUACCCACAACAACUACACCCACAACAAACACUACACCCACAACAACUAUACCCACAACCACUACAACAACCACUAUACCCACAACAACUACACCCACAACAACAACUACACCCACAACCACUACAACAACCACUACACCCACAACAUCUACACCCACAACCACUACAACAACAAGUAACCCCAUGACCACUACAAUAACCACUAUGCCCAUAACCACUACAACUACACCCACAGCCACUGCAACAACCACUAUGCCCACUACCACUACACCCACUACAACAACUGCACCCACAACCACUACAACAUUCCCUUCACCCACAACAACCACUUUACCCAGUAGCCCAGCCUUACAAUCUACAAUCACACCAACCACAUCAAAUACAUCAACACCAUCACCCACUACUUCAUGUGCUAACAUAUCUUCUCAGCCUAUUACCAUACCAAAAUCAUAUCCAUAUCCUGAAGAGAAUAUAACUGUUACUCAUGUCAGCAGCAGAAGUAUACUGACCGUCAGAAUUGUAACCCAAAAAAUUGGAGACAUAGAUACCAAAAGUCUAGAGAUAAACGAAACAACCAUUGUGAAUAUAGAAGUAAAGACCAUUACCUCAAAUAACAUCUACACAAAAGCCACAACUUCUGUCUCUCCUACAUCCAUUCUUAUUAAUGUGGCAGGCAGUGCCCCAGAGUCAUCAACCAAUCGGCCAGACACUAUAGUGACCAGCAGUGAAACCACAACACCUAACACAGAGAUAUUUCAGCCUGAUUCUUACUGCAGUCAGCCUGCCCAAACAAAAACAACCACAGAGACUUCCUCAGCUGCUGGAAACCGUUGUUCAAGCAUUGUCUCAACAACCACCACUACCACCAUAACUACAACGGAGGAAAUUAUUGUUCUAGGUCCUCGUGGAUUCUCUGCAAGUUGUGCUCAUUAUUAAUUCUUGCAACCCUUAUUGUCUUUAAAACAGUAUGUAUUUCUUAAUAAUACUAUUGACCUUUAUAUACUGUCUUUUAUAUGUUAUUGUAUUUCUUUAUGACCCUGAACAAUCUUAUUUUAUGCCAGCUGAUGUUACCAGAGCAAUACGCAAUAGAGUAUAAUGUCCAUUAGGGAAAGCAUUUCUAUAAUCAUUCAGCACUUUCAGCAUUAACAUUUGGACUUUUGGAAGUUUGCUUUAAUGAGAGAUGUUAAAGGUUCAUUUACUAAAGUUAAGAUUUUCCUUUCAUAGUGUAUCUAUUUCGGCCUAUCAGUGUUUGUAAUAAAUUGGAAGAAUGACUGAAUUAACUGUACAAUGGUAGCAUUAGCAAUAAUUCCCCAUCUAUCUCCCCUGUAGCAUAUAUGGUUAUGUUAAUAUUCAGCAACAGCAGCAUAACUACCUCACUAUGGAUGCCAGUCCCCCCACUGUGGUGUGUUUUACCUCCAUAGCAGAGGAGCUUUCUCUAGGCUGUUCCAUUUGCCUGAGCUGAGCUUGUUUAAUGUCAGAUGCUGUACAAAUUUGAAUGGCAUGGUCUAAAGUGAGAUCUGUCUUUGUGAGAAAUUUCACUUUCAUGUUAUAUACACCCAUAACUAGCUGAUCUUUCAGUCAGUGCACCAAAAUCACAGGACUGACUCUUUAACUUAAGGUCUGUCGCAUAUUUAUUUAUUGUUUCAUGUUCUUUCUGCAAUCUAGAACUGAACACAUCUCUCAUACGUGAUGUUUUUUCUUGGAACACAGUAGUUCACAAAUUUUUUAAGCACUGCAUUAAAAUUAUCCUUCUCUGCCUCUGCAAACUGAAAAGUAUUGUAUACAUCUAAGGCUUCCUGCCCAGCUACUAUAAGAAACUGGGAUUUUGUGUACAUCCUCUUCCUCAUGUGCCUUAAUUGCUAUCUCAUAUAGCAGAAAUCUUUGUUUAAAUCUGGCCCAGUUCUGCCCAAAUUACCUAGCAUGCUCAGUUGGCUCGGGAGACUGCUUCAGGAGUAGUUAUGAGCAAAUCUGUCCCGUUUAGCUUCACCAAUAUAUUUGCGAAACAGAGAAAACAUUUGUGAAAUAGCAUAAAAUUUGCCAUUAGUGGUCGGAGGUAAAACAUACCUCACCCACCUGUUUUUGGACAUACUUGCACACUGACCCCCUGUGCCACUCACAACCCCUGCCCCUUAGUAGUUAUGCCUCUGUUCUAGUGAUGGGUGAAUUUGGGGCAAAACUGCGGCGAAAAUGCGCCGGCGUCAAAAAAACGGACGUCGGCGCACAAUAGAAAUUACUAUAAACAAUGACAUCCAACCAUCGGUAAAUCAUAACCAAGGUUUUUUUCUACAUAGUAAAAACACUGUCAGAUUCUAUGGAAAUUGCUAUCCUUUUUAUGUGCUAUAGUUUUCUAUCCUUAGUCAGGUGCUAUUAUUUUAUCAAUGCUGUAGCAUAUAUUUGUUUUGCAAUAAACCUUCUAAACAUAUCUUGCACAAAAUGCAUCAUAUGCUUGCAUCUGUCUUGACUGUUACAUAUUUGACAGAUGGGGCAACUGAUAUUUGAUUUUUUAUGUUUAUUUGUAUCUCAAAUAUGUCUUUGAGCUGGGGCCAUUUUAAAUUUUAUUUUGUCUUGAGGCUGUUCCUGUUUUGUGUUAUCAUUUUAUUGGUUAAAUAAAGGAUCUCUUUAUGCAAUGGU